AUUUAAAGGGUUGAGGAGGUGGGUAUUUUUCAAGGCCCAUUUUGAACAAAAACCCACCGGAGGAUCCAAAUUCCAAAUUCUCUUGUAUCUUCAAACGCCAGCCAUAGCAGGAGGAGCUCGCUCACCAUUCGUCUCUGGAUCAUUCGCUUCCUGAAUCUCCUUUCGCAUAGAGAAUUCCGCAUCAAAUCACAACGGAUCUACUCAUCCAUUCCACACGGACUAAGGGCGGCUCCAGCUAAUCCGGUCAGUUUUAUCUUCUAUGCAUGUUUAUUGGGCUUCGGUUUUCAUCUUACCAAAGCGUGUUAUUAUGGAGUUAGAGGAAAAGAUGAGACGUUUUCUAUGGGUUCAGGGCAAUAGUAUUAAAGGUAAAGCUAAAGUUAAGUGGAGUAAUUUGUGUUUUCCGAAACAGGAAGGAGGUUUGGGUAUUCGUAGGGUUUUGGAUAUGAAUAAUGCCCUCAUGGUCUCGCAUGUUUGGAGUAUCCUAACAAGUAGAGAAUCCUUGUGGGUUAAAUGGAUACAUUUGUACCAUUUACGUGAUAGGAGUUUCUGGGAUGUUCCGGUCAGAAAUAAUGUCGCAUGGAGCUGCAGGAAAAUGUUGCAACUUCGCCCAAUUAUUCGAAAACAUAUAUGGAUGGAAAUUGGGGACGGUCAUAAAACUUUUGCAUGGUUUGAUAUCUGGGAUGAUGCUUGUCCGUUGAGUUCCUUUCUGAUCCCUAGGAUGAUAGCUAAUGCUGGGUUUGGUAUGCAAACUAAGGUUGCUGAGUUGUGGGAAUUUGGAGGAUGGAGGUGGCUGAAUGCUUGGGUUCAGCGAUUUCCGAGCUUACAAAACAUGAGGGCCAUUAACUUGAAUCCUAGUGUGCAGGAUAGGGUUGUGUGGAGAUCGAGUCUGGGUUCAAUUGUAGACUAUGGGACUUCGAUGGUAUGGGAGGAGAUUCAGAUUAGUCAAAGUGUGGUUCCUUGGGCUAAUAUUGUGUGGUUUUCUCAAGCUAUUCCUCGGCAUUCGUUUGUCUUGUGGCUGCUUAUAAAAAAGAAAUUAAAGACACAGGAUGUUAUGAGGAAAUGGUGUUCUUCGGGGAAUAUGAAUUUUAAUCUAAUGUGCUGUUCAUUAUGUACGUCUGGGCCAGAUUCUCAUGAGCAUCUUUUCUUUGAGUGUUCAUAUGCUUGUUGCAUAUGACAUGGUGUGCGAGAUCUAGUGGAUAUGGGAAAUAUUGACUCAACUUGGGACGCGAUUUAUACUCACUUACUUCAACAUGCGGAUUCGAAGAAGGUUAUUCAUAUUGUUGGACGUCUAGUGGUUGGUGCGGCGGUCUAUUUUGUAUGGCAAGAGCGAAAUCAGCGGUUGUUCUCUAGUAAGAAGAGGAGUCAGAGCCAGCUUGUUGAGGUGAUUCUAAACACUGUCCGGAUGAAGCUGCACUCCAUGAAGUUCAAAAAAUCAGUCGAAGCAAUGAGAGUGUUACAUUUAUGGAGCUUACCUCGUGGGUUGUUGAUAGACGAUGAUGAUUAUGGCUAAGGGUUUGUCGUGUUGUUUGGCAUUGUUUAGUCCUGUGUGACUUGUUUUAUUGUUUUGCUUUGUUGCUUGCUGAACUCAAAAGUGGCAUGUCAUAUUUGAGAAUUGGGGGUUCAUGUUAGGCCCUCACUUGUUCUUGUGGUUGUGUGAAAUAAAAUUUAACCGGGGUAACCCUUUACCAAAAAAAAAUAUGUAAUUUGUGUUGAGUAUUGGUUGAAGAAAAAUGAGAAAAUAUGUAAUUUGUGUUGA